AUGGGAGAAUGGCACAAGAUCUUCCGCCAAAGCCUGGCCGUACCUCCGCGUAACAUCCGGAGGGCAAAUUUGCCGCUGCAGCCAUCGGUGCCAUUUCAGUGCGUCUUGAAGAGUGUCCAUGGGAAUGCCUUGAAACAGAAAGUUCUUGAGAACAUGGUGGAGGUGGCCUUCCAGCUGCGCCUUUCGCUCUUCGACCUGGCCUACCGCCAGUUCUUCGGCAGGACCUGGAGAAGCCCCUCGAGGCCUUUGAAAUCCGUCCCGGGACAGCUGCCUUCCGUGGUCUUCAACGAGACGGUGUAUUUCCUCACCCCUGUGGGCCACCCGGGCGUCUUGAUGGUGCUAGAAAUCGUGGCGACCGCCAAGGGACAGGACGCGGCGCCCCGGGAAGUCGGCUGCGGCUUCGGGUUCCUCCGGUUGUUUAACGGCAAAUCCGAGCCGCUGAUUUGGAACUCGACGGGCAAAGGGCUCCCUGUCCAUCAGGGGACUCCCCGCGCCCUCCUGCACCCGCUGCUCCUGGAGCCCAUCGAGAAGAACAAGCACCUGAUGGUGAUGGAAAACACUCACCUGCAGUGCACCUUACAGCUCCACCCACCUCUGGAGGCCAUUGGCCACCUGCUCCCUGAGAACAGCCCCGUCUCCAGCGGGCAGAGAGUCCCGGGGGUCUGGGCAGCCCCCGAAG